AUGCUUGGUCACAAUGACAUAAACGAGGUUUUUAGAGGAGAUUUGGAAUUGAAACGGUUUUUCGAGGAGAUCAGUGAUGAGGUGAGGGCUUUUUGAUGUUUUUGCUACUGUUGUACUAGUACUACUUAGUACUACUUUUCAAAAUUUUUUUUAAUUUUAAAAAAAUUUUUUUAAAUUUUGUUUUUUUUUAAUUUUGAAAUUUUUUUUUGUUUUAAAAAAAUAUUUUUCAGUUAAAAAACGCUUACUUAAUAUUCAUGUCCGAUCACGGGUUACGAUUUGGUGACAUUACGGAAACAAGAAUUGGCUCCAUUGAAGAGAACAACCCAUUUUUAAUGAUAUCAGUGCCAGAAAAGUUAAGAAAAAAUGAUGACUUGAUGAGACAACUAAAAAAGAAUUCAAAGCACCUUGUUACACACUAUGACACUUAUGCUACAUUGGCUGAAAUUGCCGCGGUGAGUUGAAGAAAUCAAUGUUUUUGCCUUUUCUUGCCUGUGUCUUGCCUUGCCUGUGCCUGUGCCUUGCCUUGCCUUGCCUGUGCCUUGCCUGUGCCUUGCCUGUGCCUCGCCUGUGCCUUGCCUGUACUUUGCCUGUGCUUUGCUUUCUUUGCUUUGUCUUACCCUAUCAUACACUAAUUUACUCUACAAUACUCUACUUUCCCUGCUUUAACUUAACCUUUUCUAUGCUUUACCACACCUUACCUUAUUGUAUUUAUUUUACCUCAUUCUAUUUUACUUUAUCUUGCUCUACUUUAGAAUAUCCUAUCCAAUCCACCGUAUAGUAUCUUUUAUUACCUUACCCUACUUUCUUAACUUACAUUUUUCUAUGUCUCAGCUUACUUUUUCAGUAUUAGUUCUGUUCUACCUUAGCUUGCGCAAUCCCAUAAUACUGAUAACUCCGCCGUAUCCAACUUUCUUAGUUUCACAUUACUUUCUACUUUUCUAUUGUAUGUACCUUGAACGAUACUAUUAUAAAAUGUGUUUUUCAGGAACACUACGAAUUUACAUCAAAAACCUCAUUUUCAACAAAAACCUUCAACCCAUCCUACCGCACUCUAAAAGGCUCUUCUUUCUUCCACCCUCUAAAACAACCUCGAGACUGCUUCUCUCUACUCAUCCCCUUCGAAUACUGUCUAUGUCAACGUGAACAAUACACAAUUGACAACAAAGACCUGGCUCUUACAGUUGGUGGCAUGAUUUUAAAAAUAAUCAAUGAUAAAGUAACUAAGUCGAAGCACAAAAAAGAUUGUCAGAGGUUGGAGUUGAAGGAAGAUGGAGACUUUGAAGUGAUUCAGAUCGAAUCUGGCAGAGAGGAGAAGGUGUAUUUGGUUACUAUUGAAACAGUGAAUGGAGCCAAGUAUCAGGGUUAUGUUGGGGUAGGUUUUUUAGCAAGUGUAUUUAGUGUAGGCCUUUAGGGGCCGAGGAGGCUAGGGCUUGAAUGAAGGUUAACUAAGGUACAUCAUAACCGGGUAGGGAAGGUUGCGUUGGGUUUCAGUAUAAUAUCUCGUUGGGCGUCAUUUUGUAAGGUCAAUUAUAGUAUUGUAAGCCUGAUUAGGAUCCUGUAGGGCUGGUUGUGGUACUUUAAGAUACUGUAGGGCUGGUUGUGGUACUUUAAGAUACAGUAGGGCUGGUUGUGGUACUUUAAGAUACUGUAGGGCUGGUUGUGGUACUUUAAGAUACAGUAGGGCUGGUUGUGGUACUUUAAGAUACAGUAGGGCUGGUUGUGAAAAUUUAAGAUUAGGUAUAUAGUACUCUAAGGCUGGUACAAUACUGUAGUUUUGGGUACUGUAGGGUUGGAUAGGCUAUGAUAAGGGUAGAGUAGUGUAGGGUAGAGUAGAGUAGGUUAGGGUAGGGUAUUUUAGAGUAGGGUACGGUAGGCUAAAAUAGGGUAGAGUACGGUAGGGUAAAGUAGGGCAAGGUAAGGUAUGUAGGGUACGGUGAGGUACGGUAGGGUAGGCAAAGUAGGAUUGGGUACUUUAUAAUAUCAACCUUGCUAAUUUCAGAAGACCAACGACAAGUUGAAGUUGUACACCACAACGUUUCCAAGAAUGAAUGCCUACGCCGAGCAAGCAAAAUGUAUACCUGAACAAUACCUACGACAUUAUUGUUGGUGUAAAUCCUAA